GUGAUGUGGAAAACCAGAGGAAAAUUCUUCUGGAAUUUAGGAACACGCGAAGUUAAUUUUCGGUAGCAUCGCUGCUUCGCUUUUGCCGCUAAAAAUAUUUCAUGAAAUUUAGGCGCAGAAAGUGCUUUAAGUUUGAAAAGAGGAAAAUUUAUUUCAAAAGUGACCAAUGUCAGGCAUUGCAAUAGCUAGACUCGCAGAGGAAAGGAAGGCGUGGAGGAAGGAUCAUCCUUUCGGAUUUGUUGCACGUCCGACAAAAAAUCCAGAUGGCACACUCAAUCUAAUGAGUUGGGAAUGUGCAAUACCUGGAAAAAAAUCGACACCAUGGGAAGGUGGACUAUAUAAAUUACGAAUGAUUUUCAAAGAUGAUUAUCCAUCAAGUCCACCAAAAUGUAAAUUUGAACCACCUCUCUUCCAUCCAAAUGUAUAUCCAUCGGGAACAGUUUGCUUGUCACUUUUAGAUGAAGAAAAAGAUUGGAGGCCAGCGAUUACGAUUAAACAAAUUCUUUUGGGUAUUCAAGAUCUUCUCAAUGAACCUAAUGUAAAAGAUCCAGCUCAAGCAGAAGCUUAUACAAUUUAUUGUCAAAAUCGACUUGAAUACGAAAAACGAGUAAGAGCUCAAGCGCGAGCGAUGGCACCGCAAGAGUAGCUAGUCUACUAAAAAAAUAUCGAUAUACAUUUCAGCUUUACAGGAAUAUAAAAUUCUCGGGUCUCAUUUCUUCUUGUACUUUUUUUUUUCUUUCAUUUUUUUUUUUUAUUAACAAUUAUUUUUUAUGUUUGUGAUAUUAUCCAAUUUGAUGAAGCAAUAUUGUUUAUUCAAGUAUCAAUUAUUUUUUAUUUAUGAUAACGGAAAAAAAAGAAUUUGUAAAAUUCCCUCGAAAUAAUUUUUUUUUAAAACUGAUUCACACAAAAAAUAAGCUGAAAAUGACAAAUUUUUUCCUGUCUAGAGAAAAAAGAAUAAAACUUGGGAAUUUGACGAAUUGCUUUUGUUCUUAUAAGUGUAAAUCAGAGAAAAAUGUAUGACAUCUAAUCGAUAUCUAUUAAAUUAAUUUUUUUUUACAA